CCUGUCAAAAAAAAAAAAAAAGAAAGAAAGAAAGAAACUCACUUUCUCAUUCUGCUUGCACUUUCCAAUUUCCCAACCAAUUCACAGCCAGAACCUUUUGCCAGAUCUCAUCGCUGCAUGCCCAUGUUGGACCUUGUUUCAGCCCAUUAGAUUUGUUGGAGGUCAAUUCUUUAUCUCCCUAGAGUGCUCUCUGGCAAACAGCCAUUGUCCCAUACUUCUAGGAGGUCUAAGGGAGACUUUGGUCCCAUUACCUCCUCCCUUUUGUUCCUGAGUAAGAGGAGAUCUCUGGGAGGUCCAACGUGCGGUGAACUGGUUCCACUUUUGGGUGAGGGCCACUCUUCUCUGCAGAAGAUUCCCAUUGCAAGGGACUCCUUGGAGGAGUGGCCACCCCGACCAGUCCCACCUCAAUCAGAUUAACCAAAUGAACUCCUCUUCCUGAGCAGGACCAUUCUCACAGUCACCAUGCGACCUAAUGGCCUUUAGCCCUGUGCUUUCCUCACAGAUCUACAGUAAGACCUUUGACUGACCACACCUCAAAUCACAUUCGAAGACCUCAGCCACCUGGUCAGCAAUCUCUGGCUCCAGGGAACGUACGUUCCUGGAACAGAUUGUCUUCUUCACCCUCACUCUGUGUCUCAUCCUUCACCAAUACCGAACAUGUCCUUCAUUCCGUCCUCCACAUGUCCCCUUUUUGGUAUCUAGUAUACGCCCUACUAAGGGGGCUUCUUCCUCUCCCCACAACCACACUCUUUUCUGGCAGUCUCAGAUUAGUACAAGAAUGUACUCCUGGUGCUCACUAACAUCACCACCUCAGGUUCCUGCCCAGUUAUAAUUCAGUUAGAUGCUUGUUAAGCUGCAAAUAAAGCAAAAUAUGAUGCAGGGGAAUAGAUUGGGAACGUUCUAAUUCAACAAGUAUAAAUAUAUUUGCUUACAAGAAGUAAAACCAAGCCAAAUAUGGAUGUCCAACAGAAGACUCUCCAUCCUACUUACUACUGUUGCCCUUGGUGGAUCUGCAGAGAAGCCCAUUCUAAUCAUUAUACCCAGAUCUUAAACUGGGACUGGAUUCAUCCUCACAUCCUUCCAGCCCUGGGGCAUGUAACCCAGUAAUGUACAACAUUCCCAAUACCAAAGAUCCUAAGUGGAUUUGAGGACAGAAUGCCAGCAUCCAUAUUGAUGGAAAAGAGAAGGAUCUUGGGGACAUAAUUCCUAUAGUAAAAAUCCUUGUGGUAAAUCAUGACCACUGAUGUGAGUCAGGACUCUGUCCAAAUCCAGUCCCUGGCCAAACAGGCUACAUGCAAGUAAACUUUGUCUUUCACUUACCCCCAACACCGUCUGUUUAACUAGCAAAUCUUACCCAUGCCAUCCUCCAGUCCUCAAGAUCAUUCUUGGCCUAGAAUUUUGGCUCUGCCUGCCAAUGAGAGGAUGCACCAGGCUGCAUUGCCACAUCACUUAACACGAACACAGACACCCAUUCUGUAUCCUAUUAUUAUACCCCAUCCUGUGUUACACAGUCCACCAGCUGUAUCAUCCUCAAUACUUCCCAAGCAGCCUUACCCUGGUACUGUAAUAACACCAUUACUGUCAACCAAACCACAAAAGCUGCGUAAACGCCCCCUUGGCACCCAUUUCAUGUGUCACAAUAGUUUCUAAAAAGCAUCACCCCUGCCCAUCCUCCCUGCGCCUUUUAAUACUUAUCCCCAACUUUUAUCUACUCCCAGGAAACAGCGCCGACAUACUGAAUAGGCUCACCUCCCACACCGAGGUGGUCCCCAACUAUUGGCCUUACUCUCCUAACAGUCUUAGGAGCAGGAAGUACCACCCUAGGGGCUACUGCCCUGGGGAUGUCUCAACACUCCCUAAACCAACUGGCCCAACAGAUAGAAACUUUGAAAACCUCCACCAGGUGGCCUCCCCCUUACAAGGACAAAUAAACUCCCUGGCAUCACUGGUCCUGCAACACAGGAGAGCACUAGAUCUCCUGAUGGCACAGCAUGGCGGAACCUGUCCAUUAGAGGACGGGUGCUGUUAUUCCACUAACCAAUCUCGAGUGGUGACCGACUCCCGAGAAAGAUCAAAGACUAUUAGAGUGAGCACAAGUAUGAGGUCAAAACAAACAAAAAACAACAUGGUGGUUAGUUCCUCUUGGCCCCAUAAUGGUGAUCCUUAUGGCCCUACUAUUCGGACCAUGCAAUUGAAUCAGUUCCAAAAUUAUGUACAUAAUCGCAUCAGAGCUGUCUCUCAAGACCAGUUUAAGACUGUGAUGCUACUCCACCAAGCCGAUCAAGGACACCAAGCCCUCCACCCAAACUCUCAAGGUGACUCUGAACUCUAGAGGUCUCCCUCUCCCCUCUUCAGCUGGAAGUAGGCUGAUAGCGUCGAAGUCCCUCUUCCUUUUUCUGUCUCUGGGGUCUGGAAUUGCGGACAAUAAGGCUGACAAAAUAUCAUCCACUCCCACUUCUUCCUUCCUUGUUGAAACCACCAGUACAGGAACACUUGACUGAACACUUGACUUCUCUGGACUCCUUGCAAAUCCAGAAGAAAGCCCCAGCACCAAGAUGGCUUUCCCCCUGCUGCCAGGCUUCCUCUCAAAAUAGAUAAAAGCCCAGCCCUGCAGGCACCCUGUGCUGUCUCUUCACGAGAAUAGACUCACCCCAUCUGCUUCAAUAAUGCAACCUGUCUGAUGAGGCUGCCUCUGUUUUGCCUUACCUGUUUUGAAAACCCAAACCUUGAGUCAUUUCUAACCUUACAGUAAUGUAAUGUAGAGCUGCAUGUAAGAUAUCACUAAAUGAACAUGAUGACAGGGUAUGCUUUGGGGUGAAAUUUCAUAGUAGCUUGGAGAGGUAUAGGGCCUGCUAAUACUUUUGUCUUUGUCAGCCCUAAAAUAACAGUGCAUUUUCCACUCCAGGCAUUAUUCUUUGGGGUGAUUUUGGGAAAAAAUAUUUUCCAAAGACUUACUUCAGAGUCAGAGUUACAGGCAGAGAGAAGGAGACAGAGAUUUUCCAUCUGCUGGAUUAUUCCACAAAUGACCACAAAUGCCAGAGCUGAGCAAAUCUGAAGUCAAGAGCCAGGGUCUUCUUCUGGGUCUCCCAUGUGGAUGCAGGGACCAAAGUACCAGGGCCAUCAUCCACCACUUUCAGAGGCCAUCUGCAGAGAGCAGGAUUGGAAGAGGAGCAGCCGGGAUACGAACCAGUGCCAAUAUGAGAUUCCCGUGCCACAGGGGAAGGCUUAGCCUACUAUAUACCACAGUGCCCAACUCAGCUGAUAUAAACACUGAAUUCGAUCUUAUUGUCUGCUUCAAGGUAAACAAAGGAGUUUUAUUCCCUGGCCUUGGGGCAUAAACACAUUCAGUUAAAUCUUUGAUUUAAAUUAACUAGUAUUGGCCAGCGCCGCGGCUCACUAGGCUAAUCCUCCACCUUGUAGCACCGGCACACCGGGUUCUAGUCCUGGUCGGGGCACCGGAUUCUGUCCCGGUUGCCCCUCUUCCAGGUCAGCUCUCUGCUGUGACCAGGGAGUACAGUGGAGGAUGGCCCAAGUACAUGGGCUCUGCACCCAAUGGGAGACCAGGAUAAGUACCUGGCUCCUGCCAUUGGAUCAGCUCAGCGCUCUGGCCACCGCGGCCAUUGGAGGGUGAACCAACGGCAAAGGAAGACCUUUCUCUUUGUCUCUCUCUCUCACUGUCCACUCUGCCUAUUCAAAAACAAACAAAAAGAUAAAUUAACUAGUAUUAAUAUUGAUCAUUUUUUCUCGAAAUAUACUACAAAUGAAGACAAUGAAGUGUUUUUUUGUGCCUGUUGGACAUAAAGAAAAUGUGUCACUGCUGGCGUGGAACUCAACAAGCAAGUCCAGGCCCACCUCCUCUGCCAGCAUCUGGAGGCCCCUUUGCAUGGAGCCCCCUGGCCGGGGAGAAGUUCGUGGAGGUCUACAAGGAAGCGCGCUUGCUGGCCUUGGAGAUAGAGAGCAGCAGCAGGAACAGGGCAGCCCACAUGUCCAAGCCCCAGGACGCUGGGAGCCUGGGUGUGGAAAGAUUCCUACAGGAGUCACAAUUAAAAGUGAGCCUCUUUGAGAAAGAACAGGAAAAGGAGAAGAGUCCCAAGUCACUUAAAAGGGAGACUUACUACCUGUCCGACAGCCCCUUGGUGGGGCCGCUGCUCUUGGACGUCCAGCCCUCCAUGAGUGAGGCCCCGCGUCUGACCCUGCUCAGCUCUGCUGCCCAGGUCAGCCCCGUUCAGUCACAGGGGCCAUUGCACUCGUCUCGUCCUUGGUCAGGGCAGCCUGGUGCUGCCCACCCUCCCAGCCAGGCAGUGGCACAGAAAAGGGUCCCCAGCAAACUGCAGCUGCCUCGAGCAUCAUCGUCUGUCAGAGGAAAGAGCCUCCACUCGGCCACCGAGAAGCUCAAGAAAGAGCUACCGACUAGUCCAUCCAAGACAAAAACCCUAAAAGGAAAGGAACCCUGCAGGGAAGCACCCCCUGACCAACCUGGCAUGGCUCUGGACACGGCCAGUUUGCCGGCCAGUGGAAGCCACCUGGUGCAAGGCAAGCGAUUGCUCUCUGUUCCUCCCAAGUCAGGGCUGAGGAAGAGCCUGUUGAAACCACCGGGCUGCAAUCUGGCCAGGAAGUCCUCUUCGUCAGGCUCUGUUUCCAGUGAGAUGUCCGGUGCGUGUGUGUCUCCAGCGGUAGGCAAAGCUAAACGAAGGGAAUUUACAAGCGUUCCUGCCCACAGCUCCUUGCCUCUGUCAAACACUGGCAAGUUGGGCAGAACAGGCCCCAAGGCACCGCACCAGUCUCUGCCAGCAGCAGGUACCGACAUUGCUGAGUGCACCACGGAGCAACCCACAGUGCCCACCACAGCUGCUGCCACCCAGCCCCAGACCCCAGGAGGUAGAGACCCGAGGCUGGACUCUAAUUCUAUUCUGUCGGAAUCAUCUCAACUGAAUAAAACUGGAAGUAUAAGAAGGCGAGAUUCCCAUCUAAAUUCUGCAACAAAGGUUAUGCCUACUCCUACAAAUCCAUUUAAAAUUCCUAAGUCUUCUAUUGGUGGUUCCCCGGAUGGUACAACACCAAAGUUCUCUCGGACGCAAAGGCCGCAGUCCUGUGUGUCGGCUGGAAGGGCUGUUGUCCAUAGCACUCCUGUGAGAUGCUCCUUGGGGCUGGCUUCACCAGGCCUGGCCAGCAGUUCACGGCCUCCCCUGAGCUCAAGGCGCAUGUCAUCCUUGCCCACACCCACUGGCCGCCGCCUCUCCAGCCUUGCAUGGGAUACCCCAAAGACUGUGCCCAGGGCCCUGGUCUCACCCCUGCCUGUGCCUACUCGGCGACUUUCUUCAGAGCCCCGGAAGAAAUCUGCAGUGAGAACUGAACCGACAACGACAACGUGGAGGGCUGACUCUGAGCCUGGAGCGAGGUCGCCAGAGGGAAGGUUAUCUCCACAUCCAUCUGCUGUGCCUCAAGCGCUUAACUUUUCUCCAGAAAAAAGCGAUUUUACUCUUCCAAAAAGCACCAGCACUGAAGCAACUCUGGAUGAAGCAAAGUCAAGUGCAGAUGCGCGCCCUGGAGAGGCCCUUCUCGUGGACAUCAGGCUGGACCAGCUCACCAUCACCAUGGAAGCGGAAAGCAGAGCCCUCUGUGACCGCCCUCUCAUCGACUUCUGCAGCACCCCAGAAGGCAGCGUGGCUCUGGGGUCUGAGAGCCGACCUCUGAUCGACCUCAUGACAAACACCCCAGACCUGAGUGGAGGUGUUCCGUCUAAACCUUCACAGGUAGUGGGGCAGCUCAUUGACCUGAGCUCCCCUCUCAUCCAGCUGAGCCCUGCUGCCGACAAGGAAAAUGUGGAUUCGCCACUUCUCAAGUUCUGACUGAAGACUCCUUGGCCUUUCGCUCUCUGCUAAAAGGACAGUUUGUCUUCAAGUGAUUUUCAAUCUUUGCAAACAAAAUUUUAGGAGAAACUGUGUUUGGGGGAAAAAAAAAAAGCCCCUGCUCCAGUGCAGGGUCAACUCAGGGGUGGGGGCUAGUGCUGACUGCCAGGGUCUCCACUCCCCGCAGCACCCUCACCCCUACUUGGCCCCGGGCUGGAAUGCAAAGCUGGAGUUGCUCUGAAUUAGGAAUUUUGUUUUGAAUCUUUUGUAUGUAAAAAGCAAGUGGCUAUUUUUAAAGUUUGUAUGAAAAGUUGAAUCUUCAGAUUUAAAUUAAAUUAUAAAAUAAAUGCAAGCGUACUAAAGCAUA